GAUGACAUGUAGCAACAUGGGACUACAGAUAGCCAAGAAUAUCAGUGUGUGCUUCUGCACGUAUUCUUUCAACACCUUCUGUUUCAAGAUAAUGCACAAUGUAAAACACCAUGGAGGAGCUAAGCAAAGCAAAUUGCCUUUUCACUCUGGACCUAUUCAGAAAGCUGAUUGAAAGCAAUCAAGACGGCAACAUCUUUUUUUCUCCAUUCAGCAUCUCUGUUGCAUUGGCCAUGGUUCACCUUGGAGCGAAAAAUAACACGGCAUCUCAGAUGGCAAAAACUCUUCAUUUUGAUCAAGUUCAAAACGUCCACUCUAGAUUCCAGGAAAUGCAAUCGGAGAUUAACCGAGCUGAUGCUGCAUAUCUGUUGAAAGUAGCCAAUCGACUGUAUGGAGAGAAGACCUAUAGCUUCCUGGAGGAAUUCUUUACGUCCUCCAUGAAAUUCUAUGGAGCAAAGAUGUCUGCAGUUGAUUUCCAAACUGCUGCAAAUGGAAUUAGGCAGGAGAUCAAUAAGUGGGUGGAAAUAGAGACUGCAAAUAAAAUCAAAGACUUGCUGGCUGAGGGCUCAGUGGACAGUGAUACUAGACUUGUGUUAGUGAAUGCUAUCUACUUCAAAGGAACCUGGGCUAAGACCUUUGAUGAAAAAAAGACAAGGGAAAUGCCAUUCAGACUGAAUAAGAAUGAGACUAAGCCCGUGAAAAUGAUGUACCUAAAGAAGAAGUUCUUUAUGUCACGUGUUCAAGACUUUAAACUCCAAGUUCUUGAGCUACCAUAUGUUGGUAAUGACUUAAGCAUGAUCAUCUUGUUGCCAGAUGACAUCAUGGAUGAUUCUACAGGCCUGAAACAGCUGGAGCAGGAACUUACAUUAGAAAAACUACAAGAAUGGACAGAUCCAAACCAUAUGAGAAAGCUGGAGGUUAAUGUUCGUCUGCCCAAAUUUAAACUGGAAGGUGACUAUGAGCUGAACUCGCCCCUGUCCAGUUUAGGCAUGAGGGAUGUUUUUGAUAGUACGAUGGCCGAUCUAUCUGGAAUGUCUGCAACUCGUGACUUGUAUGUCUCCAAAGUUGCACACAAGUCUUUUGUGGAAGUGAAUGAGGAGGGAACUGAAGCAGCAGCAGCUACAGCAGUGAUGGUUACAAUGUGUGCACGGAAGAAAGAAGAGUAUUUCACUGCUGAUCAUCCCUUCCUCUUUUUCAUCAGGCACAACAAAACAAAGAGUAUUCUGUUCUUUGGCAGAUACUCUUCUCCCUGAAUACCACGCUAAGUAACACUACACAAUAAAACCUGAAAGCAAAAUGUAGAAAAUACAUUGGUAUCAAAUGCAAAAGAAUAAUAUUAAAGGCGAUUACAUUAAAUGACCAUAUUUUACUUGGUAACUCUUCAGUAUGCCAAAAAUGAAAUGUUAGUUUUAAGCAAGCUAUUGCCAUUUCACAUAGGAUUUUCAGGGGGUUCCUCAAUUCUCCGCCAUUUCUGCAGACCUUUUGCUAAUUUACAAUCUGGGAUUGGGAGAGAGAUACAUUUUUAAUUUCUGUCAAUACGGUUUGGCACUCUGGGGCUGCAGUUAUAGAUGUGAUUUUACAAAAUCCUGCUCCUCAUUAUUGGAAACUUGUGAUUCUAUGUCUAAGUCCCUAAGUGAUGUUGUAAAGUGCCAGGUGUCAAUUUUCUGAAAUUUAGUUACACUUUGUAAUCUUUAAUGAGUGCAAAGUAGAGUCCUAGUGAGGGUUUAAUAUAUUUAAUGACUAGCAUCGGCAACAGCCUCCUGAGGAAGAGUAAUGUACAACACCGCCCACAGAGUGAACUUUGCUGAGUAUGAUUGGAUUGAGGCACUAAAGUAACCACUGACUCUGUGUGUCACUGAAGCUUUGAGAGAAUCAAAAUGUGUGGUGCUGGAAAAGCAUAUCAAGAAUAUCUUGAUGAAGACCUUAUGCUCGAAAUGUCAGCUUUCCUGCUCCUUGGAUGCUGUCUGACCGGCUGUGCUUUUUCAGCACCACACUUUUUGUCACUGAAGCUUUGCAUAUGCUGUAUGUUCCUACUGUUGGACAAUGUGGUCUGACACUUCCACCUCCACACCCAGUAAAAAGGCUGUUGACUUUGUUACUUUUAUGAUUGACUGAACAUUAAAAUUAGUUAUCAAAUUGCGCUUUGCUGCAGUUCCAAUUGUAGUUGAAUUAAGGCAAGCUUUACAAUAAAUGACCAUUCUAUCUCUAAUUUA